GAUUCCAUUUUAGACGCCAUUGUGAUAACAAAACAGAGUAACCCAGCUGUUUUAUUUUACUUAAGUCUAAAAUAAAUGAAUGGUAAACAAAGUUCUCAAUUAUUUUUAAAGAUCGUUUUCAAUCGAAUAUUUAGUCUAUUUAUAUUAAUUAAAUUUCCAGCGCGCCUUACUUGCACCCACUUUAACUGCCAUGUAAAAACAGUAUAAAAAUUUGAAUUUUAUCGUUUUGGUCUUGGUCUACUCACUACACUGUCACUGUAGUCUGUAGUCUUGGUAAAUAAAGUAAAUAUUGUCUGUUCAGAUCGUCAGUGAGUAAACUUGAGUAUGCAGUGUUGAGCUAGUUGUAGAUGUCCAUCAUUCCAUUGUCGCUCAUUUACUCAUUGGGAUUGCUAUUCAUCCCACUCGAGUCCAUCCCAUUUUCCCAUGUUUCAUGGCAUUUCAUGGAGUUAGCUGAAUAAGGCCAGUCAGAUGAGAUAGUGAUUAUUUUUUUGCAAUCUUUCUCUGCAAGUGCAUACAUUUCAUUUACUAUUUACUUGUCAGGUCAGUAUCAGUUGGGUUAUACUAGGAGACUAUAUUACUAUAUUAAUAUCAGUAAUUAGUAACUAAUUAUAUUAGUGUCAGUGUUUUGACACUGUUGCAGACCUGUUUACUUGGAAAAUUUUGGGUUAACAGUAUGGGUUUUGCUAAAAUGGACUCUUGACAAGCAGCGCCGCCAUUCGGACCCGGGAUCCUUUAGACUCAAUGUUAUUCGGAUGUCAUUUGUGGCAGUUUAGUUAAACUGAAGAAGUAAUUUUACAAACAUAUAGUUCAUUAAUUCAAUUAUCUUUCAUUUGAUACCAAAUUUUGUCUUACAACCUAACAAUAAUAUUUUUUAAAAAUGUUUAAUCCAAGCCUCUCAUUUCUCGGACCCGGGUCAGAAUAGCCACUUCGAUUUUGAUUAGUUGAAAUCAAAAUAUCCGUAUGUUGAAACUUAGACUUAAGAAACAAAAGGGAGACUACUGCUUAAAUUGCAUUUGGAAUGAUCUUCUAGGGACUGGGGAGGGGGAGACCCCCCAACCCACUUUAAAUAACAAAAUAAGAAACAAAGAAGCUCUCUAAGCCCAGAACCCCUCCCCAAUUUAAAAAAAAAAAUAAAAUAAGAAAACAAUAAUUGCAUUAUGUGAAUGCAAACAUCGAAAUCUUUUUAGUAUGGCGCUGUUUACGUAAGUGGACCUGGGGGAAUCUCAGAUUUUUAGAUGUCUUUUAUGAUUGUAUGUAGAGACCCGCCAAAACUAUGAUUUUCAAAGACCUGGUGAAAAAAAAUUCUGGUAAUUUUUUAGAUUUAAAAAAAUUAAAUAAAUAUUCGGUUGUGGAAGUUUUAGUCCUCUCAAAUAAAGAUUUGGCAGUAAAUGGUCCGAGAAAAACGAUUGUAAUUUUUAAUAAAGUUGGGACCAUCCUUCAUUAUAUUACGUACAUGCUGAUGGGAAGGUGGGGGUUGUUGAUUAAGGAGAUUUGUGGCAUACAAGAACAAUAGGAAGGGGGAUUAGUGGGAGUGUUACAGGCUAUAAAAAUAUCACUGCAACGUAUCGUAUUGAUGUUGAUGAGUGUCAUAUUAAUAUUGUUGCUUUGUGAAUAUUUAGACUAGUGACAACUUCACUCACUAUCCCCUUUGACUGCUAACAAGCGUAUGACGUAGUUUUGUUACAUAAUUAUUAUGUUCGUCUGAUUAUGAAAACAGAAAUAACUAGAGAUGUUUUGUAAAAUAAAAUACAUUAUCCAACUGUUCUGCACUGGAAUUUUAGAUUUGGACAUAUUUUAUAAGCACUAGUCAGUGGCAUUUAAAAAAUAUUUUUUAGAACUCUCAAAGCAGCUCUAUUCCCUCAACAGUUUUAAAACAACGGUUUGCUAUCCCUACUCCUACUUACUUACUUACUUACACACAACCCCAACCCCCCCCCCCCCUCCCCCCACACUUUUUUAUUUCUAAUCGAACGCCAUCAAUAAACUGAUUUAAAAUUAUUGUUAACGGUAAAAGAUCAGGUGCCUAUUAGCAGUGACAUAGCUAGGGUUGUCACCUGGUGCGGGUAACUCAUGGUGUGUCGCCCCCCCGCCCCUGACUGCUGUGAUGGAUUUCUUCUUGUUAAAAUAAGUCCACAGUAAAACAGUGACAAGAACAAAAACAAAUUAAUUAAAGUUCAGGAGGUAAAUGUAACUGUAACAUGUUACUCGAACCGUAACAUGUAUUGUCUGGAUAAUUAUUGUAGAAUUUAUGCAUAAAUGUAGGUGCAUUCUAAUGAAAACACCCCCCCAACGCCCAUCAAAGUUGUCAUAGGCAUCCUCAGCGUGUACAUAAUAUUUGGAUAGCCCUUAAUGUUGGCAAGAAUGCAGCUGAGGAAGGGGGUAUGAUGAAGAAGAAACUUCUACUAAUAAACAUCAGAUUCAACAAAAAAGAAAGUUUAUUAGCAGAUAUUCUUGCUUGAAUAUCAGACACAAUUUACUGAGUUGCAUACUUUAUCGAAGGGUCCAUCAUACACGCACUGCACAAUCUGCAAGUCGGACUUUUCAUUAGUAAUCAGGGACAAAAGGAGUGGUUUUGAUUUAGGAGAGUUUGUGUGUGACGUGGGUCUAAAUAUUUAAAUCUAGGGGUGUGCCGGAUUCCGGUCCGGAAUCCGGUUCCGCCGGAUUUUGCACUAUCCGGUGAGAUCCGGUUCCGCCGGAUUUACAUGUAUCGGGAACAACCGGAUUCCGGAAUCCGGAAUAUACCGGAUUUCGGAAUUUGCCAGAUUUUGUGACUCACCGGAUCAUAAUCUGAAAUAAAAGUAAUUCUCUUUCCCGAAUUCCACACGAUCACGAUACAUUAAUCGAUUGUUUCGAGCGUUGAGCUUGUUUAAUGUUUAAUAUUCCGUACAUACCAGAGGCUAGAGUCAGCACCGCUAAUAGUGGCAAAUAGUGUAGGGACUUUGAUUAGAAAAUUUAAACUUUUUGUAAAAAUAAACCAAUGGCAUUGUUGAAAAGAUGUAAUUUUUUAAAUAAUUAUAACACCAAAAUCAUAUAUUUAGCUGUUGUAGUUUUAAAGUUAUGAAUUUUUAAAGUACGACUUGGUUUGUCAUUUUUUAACAUGGACUGCGUCUCCACAUUCUGUGAUCUCAUUCCGCCAAUCCCGUCAUGCGCAAUGACUAUAUAGUUUAUAUAAGGCAACGCAUUCCCUGCCUUAUCACUAAAAUACUGUUUAGACUUAGUUUAAACUUUCAACUUUGGCACAUGAAUAAUUAAUUAAAGCUUUCCCUGACCAAUGGUUUAAUAGUUUUUGCACACGGCAAACUCUUAUGAAUGAAACUCUGAGGUAGUACUACGAUACAGUUAUGCAAGUGGCUGUGAAUGGUUGCCAAUGACAACGUGUUGCACACGGUAAAUUCUGAUCAUUUAUAAUAUGGAUUCUACCGGGUUGUUAAAGCUCAAAUUAAAACAUUCCAGUUUAAAUGUCUUUAAAUGCAUUCUGAAACACAAGUUAUCAAUUAUUUUGAUGUAAAUAGUGAUAAUAAAUUAAUAUUUCCUAAGUAUCGUCAACUUCCGCCAUUAAAAAGGGGGGCGUGGCCAACCCCAUGGCGAAAUUAGGUUGAGCGAGCUGCAUAACCUGCUGCGAACGCGUAGAAACAUGGCGUCUCUCGUAAGACACUUAUCCAAAUGGAACGGAACUCAAAUAUAUAUCGAAAGUACUAAUUUAAUAAUAAAUAGACACACACAUCGGAAAAUUAAAAACUCGGAUUUUUUGGCGCCGAUUGCGAAUUCCCAUACACAAAAAGUAGUAGUCCACCUUGACUUACCGAAGUAUCUACCAAUAGUACCAAAAUCCGGAAUCCGGGAGAAACCGGAAUCCGGAUCCGGCGGAUUUCGCAUAAGAAAAUCCGGAUCCGGAUCCGGUUGGAAAAAACGGAUCCGGCACACCCCUAUUUAAAUCUAUACCAUCAACAACGCAACUUUUUUUUUUGUCGGGGUGGGGAUGUUCCGCGGCAGAAAGUAUGUGCAUUAAUUAAAAAUUUUACAAUAUUCAUCCCAAAACUCUGAAAGUCCAAAAAUAGCAUAUUUAUAUCUCAAAUGCUGUAAAAUACCACUCAAUGUUUAGGAGGUAUUAUCGUAGUGAUGUUGUCAAUAUGUAUUUUCACAAAUAUGCCAAAUUUAGAUUUUUCACCAGGUUCCCUGAUUGAAAUUCUGAGUACACUUCGAAAUAGCAUUUAAACAAAAUAAUAUAAAGAGUUGGGGAGAAAUAAAUAAAUAUGACAUGUAUGUAGGUCACUAAGUGCCAUCUAGUAAAUGCUAACAGUAGUUACUCAAGGGGGUUACUGUUAACCUUUACAUCACGACCUUUAGUUGUGACAUUGGAUUAAAAUUAAAAGUUGAAAUAAAGUUAUGGAAAUUUUGUAAUAUUUUGCAACGCUCCUACGAGGAAGCCGCAGCAACCCAUAUAGAAAAAAUGUGUAUCCCGACCCACCCGGGCGGACCAGUAAAAGGACAAUCCAUUGCGCCCUUUCUCUUUAAUUAAAUGGUUUAAUUGAUUAAUUGGUCCUUUCUAAGGCGAUUUUGCUCUUCGCCUUAUUCUCGUGGCCUUGCCCGAAGAAAAAGAGCACUCAGGGCAAUACAGCAUAUAUUCUGGGAACCACUGGGCUCGCUGAAUUACAGUGGUGAAAACCCGUGUCACAUUUUCUUUACUGUAACAUCAUAAAUAUAUGAAGAUUAUGCUUGCAGGGGGGGGGGGUGCUAGAAAAUUUGACUCUUUGUGUGCUUACAUACUAGCACAUCUACAAUGUCUCACUUUACUCCUUUGUAUUCUUUUUCUCAUGGGAACCACUGGGCUCGCUGAAUUACAGUGGUGAAAACCCGUGUCACAUUUUCUUUACUGUAACAUCAUAAAUAUAUGAAGAUUAUGCUUGCAGGGGGGGGGGGGUGCUAGAAAAUUUGACUCUUUGUGUGCUUACAUACUAGCACAUCUACAAUGUCUCACUUUACUCCUUUGUAUUCUUUUUCUCAUAUCUGUGACACAUACUAUAUAGAUUGCAUCUCGUCAAGUUUUUUUUGCAUCGCGUCUAGUUUUUUUUUUUUUCCAUCAGUGCUGUAUGACGUAAUUUUGUGACAUAAUUAUUUCUUACGGCUGACCGUUCAUCUAAAUAUUAAAUGCUCUCUAUAGCAAGCAGAUACAUGUCUACAAAACAAAGUGAUCGCAGUUUGCAGUUAACGUUAGUCAUCUACUGUUUACCUUCAGCACCAUUUUUUACGCCACCUUAACUUGAUUCCACUAAACACGCGAUGCGAGUAGUUAUUGUAUACACUAUAUAUACUGUUUGUUUAUUUAUUUAUUAUUAAUAUACUGUAUUUGAGGAUUUUAGACGAUAUUGUUCGAUUUUAUGAGUACGAGUGUAAACAGGUCUGGUAUAGACUUGUACAGCGGUCAGCAACCUGCAAAAGAAUAGAUGCAGCUCUUUUUUUUACUUAUCUAUAAUAUUACUAAAGAUAUUUUAAGAAUUCACCCCUGACUGCAGCUCCCAAAAUAUCUUCUAAGCAGAUAUAUGUUAUAAUAAGGGCUCCUCACUCAAAUAAAGUUGCUGACCCCUGAGCUGGUAUAUUGUAGUGGCCUAGUUUCCCUGCUUAAAAAUAAUUGGAAUGCAGUGCAUUGGCUGCCAGUCCGCGGUCGCAUAGAGUACAAAAUUGCAACCUCUGUGCUACCGCUGCUUGCAUGACCUGGCGCCGUCCUAUCUCAAAGUGCUCAUGAUGCCUUAUGUACCCACUAGACAACUCCGCCCAUCCGAUAGUGGCAAACUCUUGAUACCACGUGUUCGCCUUGAGACUUACAGAAGGCGCACGUUCGCAUUUGCUGGCCCAACAAUUUGGAACACACUUCCUGUGGCUCUCAGACACUGAAGUCUUUCAAAACCCAUUUGAAAACAUAUCUAUUUCGCAAACACCUGCUGGGGUGAUGUUGUUUACCAUCUUUUCCAGCUAGUUAUUUUCUCCCAGAUGUAUAGUGGCCUAUGUUGUUUAUGGUUGCAAGGGAUGAAAGACUUAGUAUGGGAUCUUGCUUCGAGCCUUUGGGGAUGAAGCAUGAUUCUCAAAUAAGCUUUAUUAUUAUUAUUAUUAUUAUAGUAAAUGGCCACUAUUGCUACUAUUAGGCUGACCUCAUUUUAGUGCCUUUGUUUAUAUUUGGAAAACUAUAUUUUAAUGUGGAAAUCAUUAUCACUAUUUCAAAUAAGCGAUUCACUUUCCAAAAGGAAUCCGCUGUAGUGCUCCUUCAUUUUUUAUGUGAAUCAUAAAGUUUAAAAAAAAAUACUAAUGUUCCAACACAUAGUUCAAGCUCCAACUGUUCAUCUCGGCAAGUACCGAUUGAAACAGUAUUUACACUCUUCGAAGCGGAAUCCAAUCUAUUAUUAAAUUUAUAGUAGGAGGUUCUUCUAUUCUUAGAAAAUGGAGCAUGCAUCGCACAUCACCAACACACACCCUAAAUGGUCAAUGUGACUCACUGUUUUCUACGAUUAUCAGAGUAACUAUGUUAGUGCUUUUGAGCAUAAUUGCUUACAAGUUUAUAUUAUCUGAAGUUAGAAAAACCAAAAUGCUUUGUCCUAGUAAAAACCUCUUUAAACAAGCACAUAAUCUUAUUUGAUGCUUCUUAUGUCUCUUCCUUAUGCGCCUAAAUUACCAGCAUGGGGUUCCAAUUAAGCAAAAUUAUUCUUUAAUUUUAUGCCUUAGCGUUUUUUUCACUGGAAUUAACUAUUUCUAAGUUCAGUACACAUGAUAUAUGCAUUGAAAUAAUUUCUUUUUUCAGAUAAAUUCUCACCAAAUUCACCUAUAGCCUACAAGUAAAUGACUUAAAACAUAUUUUAUGCUGCUGGUCACGCCCAAAUUCACCUCCUUUGCUGUCUUCAGUUAAUAUGGAUCCAGAAUAUGAAAAGCGCCUGCUCCGACAACAGAAUGGACAGUUAUCACCUUUUGGAUCAGUAAGCAGAUACUUUCAAAUAGUAUUGGUAUUAUUCUAUAGUUGAAACACCCAUAAUAUUUUGCAAAUUGCAAAUAUUUCUUAUCUUUAUUUAUUAAAUUAAGUUCAAAUAAUUAUAUUGACUGGCCCAGAAUCCUAAAAAAAAACUUUUGUACCAAAAAUAUUCAAACAAACCACCGGUUAUUUAAAUAUGUUACAUGUUUUUAUAUUGCUAUGGAAUGAGCAGCUUAAAGUUGUUACAUAAAUUUGUAACCCAGAUAGAUAAGGUUUUCGUUACAAUAAUAUGAUUUAAAAAAUAUAGUUUCAAUGUGAAGUAUAAUCUUUUUUACUUUCUAACCAGCCUCUAUAUCCAAGUCCAGUUGUGUCGCCAAAUAAGAGGAUAUAUGGUGAUAGAUUUAUCCCUUCCAGAGCAAGUCCUUGCUGGAAUAUUAACUUUGAUCUCCAACAGGUUAGUUCAUUUUUAAUUAUUGAAUUUUUAACUCACUUAUUAAGAACCAAAGUCACCAGAUCAGUCAGUGUUGUUUAUUUACUGUAUAGUUUACCUCGUCAGAACAUAUUUCCACUAGCAAAACUGUAUGAUAUAUGAAAUCAAUUUAAAAAAGUCAUACCAUAUUUUACGGACAAUAAGAUGCACCUUAAUUUUUAAGCAAUUUAAAAAAAAACAAACCAUUUUUACCAUUUUUAUAUUAAUUUCGAGCAUAAGACGCACCUGAAUUUUGGAGACAAUUUUUAGAAGAAAAAAUGUGCGUCUUAUAGUCUGUAAAAUACGGUAUUAAAAAUGGUUUUAGUUUUAAUCUAUAAACACUUCCUUUGGUAUAUGAUAAAUGUUGAAACCGUAAACCUAACACAGCUUUGUCGCAUUGUGAUGUGUUCUUGCAAUAAGUAUCUUGUGUUUACAAUAACAGUAGCAAAAGUUACUAUGCUUUCAAAGGUGCUGCCAACCAGAAGACAACUUCCAACAAUAUAGCACUCACACCAUUUUUCCACAACACAUUAAACUACAGAUACUUACAUUUUUUAUUCAUUUCUAUAGCGUUGUUUCUUGUUUAGUCUGCUGAAGAAAGCUUUUAGCCAAAAUGUUCUCCUUUUAUUGUCCUAUUAUUCCAUUUCAAGCUUCAAUAUGCCUAGUUAUUCUGUUCUUCCUCUAUUUAAAAUUUUCAUGGAUAAUUGUCAGGUGAGCACUGGAGAAAUGCAUCAAACAUUUUAAGUUCUCCUGACAAAGGAGUAAAUUACACAAGUUUAUUCUUAAUGAUUGUGGACAGGAUUAUGAAAAUAUUUUACACUAUUUAAAAACAAGUUUCUCAUUUUAAGGCUCCCAACACCUUGAAACCAGUUUUUAUGGGUUCUAAAUUCCAUAAAUCUAUAUAACUGAAAAUAAAAUUUAACAAGCAACUUUACCUGUCUGACUAAGCCGACCGAGUUACUAAUUGUUUGCUAAUUAUUUUUAGAUUAAAGAAAUAAAUAAGAGGUUAUCCACGUACUACAAAAGCAAAAUAACCUAUUUCUACUUAUGUUUAUAUAUAGAGGGAUAGGAAAGAAAAACCUAGAAAGUUAGCAAAUCUUUGUGCAUUUUAAACAUAAUUAAAUGGACAGAUGGAAGGACUAACAAAACUCUAUUUUACACAAAUAAAAAGAUGGGAUUGUGAACAUGUUAAAACAGUACAUUACUCAAAUUUCCAGUUUCCACAUUCUUAUUAAUUACAGUGGAAAUCGCUUUACUGCGAAUUCGGAUAUAAUGUCACAGCAUGGGUUCCGAAAUUUUGUAUAAUCAUUCCAACAUGAAAAUUUUUAUUUUCCAAGUACAUGAAAAAUUUAUACUUAUACAAAUAGAUAUUAUUCUCUUACAAUCCAUUCACAAAUCCACUAAAAUAGUUCAACUUCAACACCACAUAACUCACUAAUCAAAGAUUUAAAAAUCUGCUUUAGAAUGAGAUGCCGAUCUACCUUCUUUUUAACAAUCCCAAUUCUAUUUGCACAGAAUUUAGUAAAACCUCACAUUAAUGCACGCCCAUUUUCAUCAGGAUCCACUUUUAUGGACCACAAAGUUUCAAUGUAUACCCAGUAACUAUUUCUGUUAUUUUCUUUGUUAAAAUUUAAAUUUAAAUGCUAUUUCUUAUUUGGAAUAAACUUUCACUAGCCUCAGACCCCAACAUCAACUGUAAAAACAAAAGAAUCAAACAGUGAGUCAGCUAAAGAUGGCCUUGCUUAUGCUUGUUUAUUAAAGAAUGAGCUUCUUGCUGCUGGCAUUGAAGAUUUGAAAGUAAGUAACAAAUUUUACCCAAAAUAUUUUAGUUUAAUCUCUAGGGGGGUUGGCUUACAGAUUUGCUUAAGUGCAAGAAGAGGGUGUUGGGCUUAUGCGUGUGAAUGAUUUUAUGAAUAGGUGUAUUCAAUGCAAUUUUAUUCAAUGACAAACACUGUUUUACACAGGAAGUGUGUUCCAAACAAGAUAUACAUUUGCGGAUCUGUUUAAAAGUAUAAUUUCAAGUUGCAUGAUGUUUUUGUGGGGUGAUAAAGUUGUCUCUCUUUAAAACAAGCCAGCGGCCUAAAAAGUUUAGAAAAUACUGUUUUUUUUAAUUGGAUUAACCCACGAACUGUGGUCGCCCGAAAAAAUCGGCCAAUAUUUUUGUUCUGUACUGCGGCAACACAAUCAGAUAGCAACUUCCAAUCCAAUAUUUAACCUGAACUAUAGCCACUUCCUUUUUUUUAAUAACCUUCCAGGUCAAGCUGUUCGUUGAUAACAUAACAAUAAAUACUUUUUAAUUGGAGUUUUAUAUCGCUGUUUGUUUUUAACCUAAAAUUGAUGAAGCUAUGGCUGGGCCUUCAGUACGAGAACUAAUAGAAAUAUUUUUGAAAGCUUUUUAGGAGACGAUUUAAGUGAUACUGAUGAUGAUUUUAACGUUCCCCAUGACGAUCUUAGUCCUAGUGAUACUGAAGUAGGCCUACUGUUCAACUUUUAGCGAGGCCUGGUGGUUGGGAAAGGACUAGCUGAAUUUUAGUCACAGAAGCUACAGAUUAUAAAACAGACAUAAUAAAUUUUAUAGUUAGACAACUUUAAUCAGUUCCACAGGUUUACUUGUCAUUAACAACUUUUUAGGCUGAGGUUGACGGGAUCUGCCAUGGUCAUAGCGCCGACUCCCUGCCUCGUAAAAUUUGUCUCAUCCCGUGAUAUCCUUUGGUUGCUGGGUGGCUGAGUGGUCUAAACUGAGCAAAUCUCAAGUUGGUGGUCUGGAGUUUAUUCCAGCCAAAGCCCAGUUAAGCAUAAAACUUCACAAGCACCCCUGGUGGAUGGGACUGGUUAACUUUCGAUGGCAACCCAUCUAAGAGAAGGAAACUCUGAUUUCAAACCCGGAGUUGGAGUCCCGUAGGCCGAUAACAUUGGUACAAUGAAAGAUUCUGACAACUUCUAUUAGGCCACUGGUGCCAAGCUUUAUCAUCCACAUGAUGUUUCCUUGGGUUAUCCAGCGGCGUGGAGAGAGGCGAUUUGCUGUUGGGAACCAGCUUAUAGUCCUAGAAGAAUAAUCCCAGGCCUUGUGGAUUUCGUCCUGCGAAGUCUUCACCAUUGUCACAUUGUGACGGACUGAUGCCAGCAAAGAUUUUGUAUGUUGUUCUUGGUUUUAGCGAUGGUCCCAGUUUCUUAUAUUGUUUAGUAAAUGAUCUAAAAUUUCAGAGGCUUAAUUGUAAUCGAAACCUUAGCAAACUAUACAUAUUCUGAAAGAUAAAUGAAUUGGCUACCACAUUUAUAUUAGUAUUUUAAUGGAAUCUGUAAAAAUUAAUAAUGUUAAGAGCACUUGAAAGCAAGACAUUUUGUUUAUUUUUUUUUCUUGAGCACUUCAAGGUAAGGACACUGCACAAAAUUUUUUUUACUGGGUGUGCAAUAUACCCAACUUUAUCCCCAUCCAUUACCUUUCUAAAAAUAUAUACUUAUUGGGGUCUUGUAUCUAUUUUUGUGCUAUUUCAAAAGGCACUCAAAAAGCUCUGAAAAGCUCCCACACUACAGAAUGAUGUAUGCCACAGUUCAUGGGUUAAGCAGAACUGUUUACUCUUAAGAUUUUAGCGCACAGUGUACGAUUUUGAGAUGUAUUCAUUAUAUUUAUGUACGUUUAUUUUUUUACCAUUAAAAUAAUGUAUUGAACUAUUUUGUGAUGAAAUUGUAUGAUUUUAAGAGUUUGAGUGUAAACAGGUCUGGUUAAGUAUUCACCUUCAGAGUUGCUAACAAAAUAAACAUAUUUUCUAAGAAACUCACUAUCUCAUUCUGAAAUUUGUUCCAUACAAGGCCAGCCUUAGAAAUUUUGUCGCCCCAGGCAUUUCUAAAUUUUGGCGCCCCUACCUCCUACUAGUUUUCAUGUUGAUAUUAACCGUUUAUAUUAUACAAUGAAAUGCCAAAAAAUAUGAUGAUGAUUAUUAAGAGCAAAGAGUCACUACAUUUAAACGUCUGUUUAAUUAUGAUCAUAUAAAUCAUUCGAUUAAAGUCAUCAAAAGCAGAAGAUUAAAGGAAAUUUUUUAAAGGCCAAAACAUGCAUUGCUUACAAUUGUUGAUAAAUGGCAACUAAAUAUUUAGUGAUCUCACUCAUAAUUUUUAAAAACAUUUUGGUGGUUGAAAAUUAUACAUAUUUUGCAAGUAGAUCAGCCAUUAAGGACAUCUGUCUUUUACAGAUACUGGAAUACACUCAGUGGGCGUAAAGCAACAUAUAACAAAGAAUGCUAACUUUCAGAUGUUGGAAAGACCUUUUUCACCCCCUUCUCCUUAUCUAGAUUUGUCUGCUUUUGUACAAAAUGCAAUAAACAGCUUAGUCAAAGAUGUGAGCCUUUCCUGAGUCAUUAUCAUUAAUGCUCUUAAUUAUGUUUUAAUUAAUUUUAGUUAAGAAAAACUUCUUGCUCCAGUUGCAAUGAAUUGAAAAUAAAUCCAGACAUUGAUUUGAGUGUAAAAUGUAAGAAAGUCAGUGUCAAAUUUUUGAAACAGCAGCAUAUUAUGUACAAAAGAAAGUAUUUCUUCACAUUAAUAUCUGAGAUUUUCCAAAUUGUUUGCAAAUUUUGUAAAUCUGUACAUUUAAAAACAAUUUCCUUGCAACAUGUUUGUGAUCCUUUAAGAAUUUUUGUUAUGUUGUUUCAUUAGCUCAAAAUGUUCUUUCAAAGAAUUAAUAGCAGUAUCAACUAUGACAUUUAAAAUUUCAACACUAUAGCAUACUUCAGGAUCUUCAAUAGAUUAAAUUCAUCAAAUGGCCUUUUCUUAUGACAAACUCUUAACUUUUUUGUAGAUUAAAAAAACUAGUUAAACGUCAAUCAAAUUUCCUUGCUGUAAUCUUUAAUUCCUGAAUUCAUUUGUCUCUGCAUGUAUUAAAAAAUGUUUUAACUUCUUCAUUAAGUCUAAAAACCUUUAAAAUAUUCUUUUAAAAAUCAAAUUAAAACAAAAACAAAUAAGUGGGGGUGGGGGGUGGGUGGAGUGUGUCAAAAUGACGUCCCUAGACUUUGGCACUCCAGGCGGUUUCCUGUUUUGCCUAUACCUAAAGCCGGCCCUUGUUCCAAAUUUGUUUAGGCAGUUCAGGGGAAUAAGAUGUAUUAAAUGUUUUCUAUAUUACAUAUAUGACAAAUUGCUUAGAUAUUUCCUUAUUAGCUUUUCAUGUUUAACUUUUUUUAAAAAUUAGGACCUCCAGACAGAAGAUAAAAAAGUGCUUGCCCCAAAAGAAACAAAAAAUGUUUUUAAGGUAACGGCUUUGAGUUCAGUUCAUUUUCUUAGGUUUUUAUAAAGAACUUAAAGGAGUUUUUCAAACUUAAAAACUAAUAUUUGGAUUUGUAAAAAAAGGAAAAAAAUACAAUAAAAUGUAACCUGUCAUUUCACAAUUGCCAUUGUACAGUUUCAUACACCGAGAAGAUGUUCAGAUGGCUGUGACUCAUCCCCAUACUCCUUAUCUCCAGUUGGUAGCAAGAGCCAGAAAUUGUUAAGGUCACCACGUAAGGUAAAUAACAUAAUUUAUAUUAUUUUGUCAGGUGUUGCUUUUUUAAGUUAAAUUUUCUCUCUUUAAACCCUUGCUUGCAUUUUGCUGUUCAUCAAUGGUUCUUCCAGGCAUGAAUUUGUUACAAUUUUUUUCAGGCUGUGAGAAAAAUAUCCAAAAUACCUUUCAAAGUUUUAGAUGCACCUGAACUUCAAGAUGACUUCUACCUAAAUUUAGUUGACUGGUCAUCACAAAAUGUUCUUAGUGUUGGACUUGGCACCUCUGUGUAUUUGUGGAGUGCUUGCACAAGUCAGGUAUCAAGCCUUAGCUGGACUUUUUUUUAAAAUUUACUCAGAUCUUAAAGUUACAUACCUUUUUUUUAAACUCCAUACAUUUUGUACUCAAGGCAUUUGUAUUUGAAACACAAAAAACAUAAUGGGAUUGUACUAAGCAUCUGGCAAUGUUUUUUGUUUUUUUAAAUUUUGAUAAGUAUAUUUUAACAAAUUUUCUUUCGGAAACUGUAGCUAAAAAUAUUUUUUAUUUUCAGGUUACCCGGUUGUGUGAUCUAUCCACUGACAAUGACACUGUAACAUCUGUUUCAUGGUCAGAAAGGGUAUGUGAUUAGUAUCAAAUAUAGAAGAAAAAUUACAGUAUGUAAAGGUUAUUGAUUUAAUUUUUUUUAAUUUGGAUAAAAGUAAUUUUUUUUUUAUUCUCUUCAUGUUUGGGGGAAGGGGGGAUAUGCCAGAUGACUCCCAACCUGGGAUGCCAGAAAUCUGUUGUUCCAAUUUGCAAGAAAGUAUGUUGUGCUUAAUUUGUUUCAUAGUAAUUUUUUUAGAUUUCCAUGUCAGUUGCUUAUUUUUACAAUCUAGGGUAACCAAGUGGCUGUUGGAACAAAUAAAGGCUAUGUACAGAUAUGGGAUGUAGCUGUCAGCAAAAAGGUUCAUACCUUAAUGGGACAUGGGGCUAGAGUGGGUGAGUCUUUCAAUAUGCAUUUCCUUCACUGCUUAUUCUAGUCAUUUGUACAAACUACAUGAAAUUGAUAAUACCUCCAUCCCACCAUUUUUAAAAAAAAUGUGUACAACAAACAUUUGUAAAAUAAACGUAUACAACACAAUUUCAUUUGACUUUGUGGGACUUUAUAACACAUGUUCAAUGAAUUUUGUUCACAGGGGCAUUAGCAUGGAAUGGAGAUAUGCUUUCUUCAGGCAGCAGAGACAGAUUAAUUUUACAGAGAGAUAUUAGAACACCUAAUACAACACCAGAAAGAAAACUCAUAGGGCACAAGCAAGAGGUUUGCUUUUUUAUUAUACAUGAAAUAUUUAAAAAGUCUUGAUUGUUAUCUAAAACACAUAGGCAUAACCAUAAACACAUAAUUUUAUAGUUAUUAUUGUUUUAACCAAAUAAUAUUUUGUACUAAUGCAGGUCUGUGGUUUGAAAUGGUCACCAGACCACCAGCACUUAGCAUCAGGAGGCAAUGACAAUAGACUAUUUGUCUGGAAUGCAACAAGCACAACACCAAUGCAAACUCAUAUGGAACACUUGGCAGCUGUCAAAGCAAUAGCUUGGUCACCACAUCAGCAUGGUCUACUAGCAAGUGGUGGGGGUACUGCUGACCGGUGCAUUCGAUUCUGGAAUACUUUGACAAAUCAGCCUUUACAUUGUGUGGACACAGGCUCACAAGUCUGUAAUUUAGCAUGGUCAAAACAUUCUAAUGAAUUGGUGAGUUUCAAUUGUAACAUGUUAUUGCAAUAUGAAUUGCAAUAUAAGCUUAAAAAAAACUAUUAAGGGAUAGUAUCCUGGAGACUACAUUCAAGCCAUGUGAAGGGAAUAUUAGGAACAAGAUAUUCGUUUUCCUGCUAAUUUCCAAGCCGAGUUCCUUUUUUAAUUUUUCCUUUUGUUAUGUUUUGUUUGUGGAGGAUGGCGUUCUGUUGAAAUCUCUGUGUUAAUGUCUUGUUUUAUAUUUCAAGUUUCCAAAAAUCUUGUUCCUAAUAUUCCCUGAUCCAUAAUCGGAUCUUUAACUUUACAAUGAAGUAUAUCUUGGUAUUUUUUUAGAAAACUUUUUAUUUGGCUUUGUUCAGGGUUUGUGAUUUUUUUUUGUGUAGAAUGUUUAAGUAAAUAAAAGUAUUGAAGGAACAAAAAUUGUUUAAGUUGAUUAUUUUUGACAUGCCAUCACUUCAAAUAAUUUUUUUACAUUUUAAAAAAUUAUUCCAAGGUAUUUGUUAACAAUUUUUAGGGAAUUUAUUCUAUCAUUUUUAGUUCUACAAUUUGUAUUUAUUGCUUUGUUGUUUUUGUUAAUUUUUUUUUACCAUACACUGUGUUUGACUGAAUAAUACUUGUAGCCAUCUUUUAACUUAAUGUACUUAUAAUUACUUAAUUUUAUAAUCAAAGUUUUUUAUUUAGUGCAGCUUAAAUGCUACUUCAUAAAUAUCCUUUAGAAGUGGGGUUUUUUGUGUAUCGUUUUUUAAGAUCUCAGAAAGAAGAAAUGUUUUAACAUUGGAAAGAUGUUGCACAAAGAAUUUAAAGUAAACUCUCUCUUUUUUUUUUUUUUUUAAAUCCUUAGGUAAGCACACAUGGCUACUCUCAGAACCAGAUCUUGGUAUGGAAAUAUCCUUCCCUUGUGCAGAUUGCAAAACUUACUGGACAUUCUUUCCGUGUUCUAUAUCUGGUAUGUUAGUUUCAGCUUAGUCUUUCCCCACGAAUAAUUUUUAUUAACAUUAAGUUGUUCACUUUCUUUAUCUAAAACUGUCUGUUUUAGGUAUUUUGUUAUUUUCCCUAUAAACUUGAGUUGAUGUAUUCUAACCUUCUAGAAGCAAAGUUAAUAUGUGGACUGGUUAAAAUAUUGUCCCCUCUUAAAAAAUUAUUUAAUUUUUCAUAUAAUUGAGCCAGACAUUCUAGUAAUUGUUUCUGUUUAAUUAAUGUAAUAUGUAAUGAUCUCUGUCACUAAAGUUUUGUCUAACAUAAACCUUCUACUAGGCAAUGUCCCCUGAUGGAGAAGCUAUUGUUACAGGAGCAGGAGAUGAAACACUCAGAUUCUGGAAUGUUUUCAGUAAAACACGGUCAACAAAGGUAAGGGAUUUAAAAAAAAUUAUUUUCAUACUUAUCAACUAUUAAAAACAGUUUUAUCUAAAGACUCAAACAGAGAUAUGAUUUUUCUCUUAUCGGUACAAUGCCUAUUUUUUCCUUAAGACAAUUCUGACAUUGAUUUAAUCAGAUAUAUAAUUAUCUGAACCCUUACCCAGAGGAAAACUAAUGCUCUUGUUGAGCAAGAAAAGGUUUGGUCAUAUUUCUGCUUUGAUAAUGGCUUAUCUUGACAUCAUAGAGGCAGGCAUAAAGCUAAAUCUCCUUAGAUAAAAUUUAAGAAUUAUAUCUUUGAAAUGUUUGGUAAUUCUGAUAUACAUUAGAAAAUCUAUGAGUGGAACUUUGCUCAGCUAUUAGUGUUAAAGACGUACAUUUAAAAUAUUUGUUUUGCAGGAAUCCAAGUCAGUUCUGAAUCUUUUCACACGUAUCAGAUAAAAAAAAAGCAACUUCUAUCAUCCGCCAGUCACUGCUGCAUCAUGGGAAUUUGGACCUCCUUGGCACUCUAUAUGUGCUGGGCUUGCAAUAUAAUUAUAAUGUGAGGUCUUAAAUAGAUAUGGGUUUUACAUAGGAUUCUGUAACAUAUUGAAAUACAUGAGGCCCAAAAGUAGAGGGGUGACUCAUUUAACUCUAUAUUUGGAAAGUGAUAUUUUGUAUGAUUUCAAUACUUUGUUUAAAGUAAAGGGGGAGGUGGCAUGCCAAUAAGAAAUUGAACAAUAUCAUUUCUUUUGCUAAUUACUGUGUUCAUAUAUUUGAUAUUGCUGCAAACUGAUCGCUCAGUAUUAAAAGCUUUUCUUUAUCGAUGAGGAUGGGAUUUAAAACGUGUAAAAUUCACCAUUUUAUCUUCUCACUCAUCUGUAGGUGUAGAAUAUUAACCUCUUGCAAAUUGUUAUUUUUAAAUUUUAUAAUGUUAAUUUCAUUGCCAAGCAGUGCUUAAGUUCUCGAGUGCUCCUUUAUGAAUAUUUUGUUUUACACGUGUACAAAUAUGCUAAGGAAAAUAUAGUCACAGCUACGUAGAUCAUAGUGGAAGUGUCAUGUGAAAGAUACCCAUCUCUCAUCAUAGCACACAUCUAUAUUAUAUUCAUCGAUAAUCUCAUGUAUAACUGAUGGUGUUUUUUGUCACUUUACUGACAAUAUCAACUUAAGAAAAGCUACAGUCAUAUAGGAUGUGAAUAAUUUAUUACAGUGUGAUGACUACUGUCAGUAAAAAAAGUUUGUAAAAAUGAAUGGUAGCUUAAAAUUUUUUAUUAAACAAAGUUGAAAGCAGAAUAACUAUUUCAUCUUGGAGACAAUGGUUGCAUUAAGUAAGUUCUUGAGAAUUCAGUAGUUUUUAUUGAAAUAUUUCUACACAAAAAAUACAAGUUUCAUUUUAAUUUUAUGUCAGAGCAGUUGCAUGCUUUUUAAACAGAGCGGUAGUAAUUCAUUAAAGCCAUUUCAAUCAAGAAAAACAUUAUUUUAGAAAAGCCCCCAAAAAUCAAUACAUCAAUUUUUCAUAUUUAAGAGUAGGUAAAGGAAUAUCUUCUUCUGAACUAUAACCAAAGAUAUUUUAAUUAUUUAAUCUUAAGCAGUGUAUUUAAUUUUCUUAAUAAGCCUUGAUCUGAUAAUUAUUUUCUCAUGAUUCACAUGUCACAUUUUAAAAAAAUAACUUAAUGUAAAUCAAUUUCUCAAGUUUUAGAAUAUCUUGCUUGAACAGCUCCUUAGAUAAUAGUUACCCUGGCAGGAAAUUUUGUUGCUGAUAUUUUGAACCAUUAUUCAACUAGCUUUAAGCAACUCCUUAGCAUCAUGAAAUAGUUAAAAUCCUUUGUAUAAAACUUUGUAAAUAUCAUUGUGAAAUAAUCCUAAUUUUUUUUUUGUGUGUGUUUAUUUUGCAAGCUGUGUUUUAAAAACAUUUACAAAAUUAUGUUUUUAUAAAAUGCUUUUUCUUUUUGGUUUAAAUGGCAAACCAAUAAGAAUUCAGUCUGUGAUUGUCUUCUGUAUAUAUGGCUGUCUCCAAACCUUUGGGCUCUAAUGCAUGGCUUUGAUCGUAUUUCCCCUGUUAAAUUUACCUAAAAGGGUUUUCAUUAAGAUCUGUCAAAUGACAAAUUCAAAAAUUGUGAGUUACAGUCUCCUGUGUCAACAUCUGUAUUUAAUGUUAUUUCCUAACCCCUAUCCUUUACAACCCUUAUUUAACCCAAUGUUUUAAAUGAUGAAGGCACCAUUUUGUAUGGAUAGAAAUACCCUGUUUUUGGGCUGCCUUAAAGCUCACCAUUGUAAGCUGACCAGUUUAGAAUCCUUGUUUUCUCCUGAUGCACCAUGUAGUAAAUAUAAUAAAAGGAGUGAUUUUGUAGGAUUUGACAUGGUUAUGAGGCUUCACACCUAGCCUAGCUAUCCCAGAGAAUACGCCUAUGAUUAUAACAUAGUUGAAUAGAACUUUGUGGUUGUUUUUUUUUUUCAGUUAGUGUGUUGUUUUUUUCCCUGUCACUCAGUAGAAAAGUAGAAAUAGAUACUAAUUUUUUAGGCAAGCAUUUAUACCAUGGGCUUAAACAUGUUUUUAGGUACAUUGGAUUAAAUGAAUGUUUACUUCAGUCACCUUUUACCCCAAGCCUCAUUAAUAUUAAUGAGUUCAUUUUGAUAAAACAUGGGCAUUUUGAGCUACUUGGGCGUGCUGGAAAAUAUUUUGAUUGUGAAUUUAGUCAUAUAUUUUGUGUAGGCUAGUCUAUAAUUUGGCCUUCUUACUUUUUAGUCAUAUGUAUCACACUCUUUAGUAACCCUUUGUUUUAGCUAGAUUAGAUGAAGAUGCUCUCAUAGAGAUUUCACUUUGUAAAGUAUGAGUAAGACAAGCAUUUAAAAUACACAGACAGCUGGCUUUUAUUUUUUCCCUUGAUAUGGCAUAUUUUUUAUACAACCAGUUUUAGACAUUUCAAAUGUGGGACAUCAGUCUGGCAUGUAGGCAAGCAAUGUUUCUCCACCAUUCAAAAUCAUUACCCCCACCAUUCAAAAUCAUUACCCCUUCAUAGGAAAUGCACUGAUUCCCUUAUACUAGUAGAUUUAAAAUUUAAAAAAAAAGAAGCAUCUCGUUUUUUCUUUCAAAGGUGGGUUUAUUUGAGUAAAAUUGCAGCUCACCCUUGAUGAAGACAAGUAGUUGAACUAGGGAGGUAAAAACUAAUUUUCAAGCAACCCACAGCAUGAGUUAUUUCCCUUUUAAUGACUGAGUGAGUUUAUCUUUAGACCUAAACUAUCUUGGUGUUUUUAUCCUGGUAGAUGGAGUCUGUGAGUUACUCUUUCCAAUUUAUGCUAGGCAAGGGAAGACAACUUGUCAUGGUUAGCGAUAUGUGUCUCCUUGCCCCGCCUGUUACAAUUCAGAAACCUUUCUAGCGCACUGUUGGUGUAAGACUUGCAUGGAAAGGAUUCAUUCUUAGUUAUAACACCAGAGAUGAUUGUACUGAAGAAAUUUGUUUUAUGUUUGCGUCUUACCCGACUUGAGUUCUUUCUCUAGAAACGGCUAUAACAUACACAAUUAAAUUUUUUAUACUAAUGAACAUUUUAAAAACAACAACCCCCCCCCACCCCCCCUUCCCUUCUUUUUGUAAUUCUCCUCCAUAUAUGUCACGAAUUAAAAAAUAAUACAUAAUUCAUUUCACAGCACAGUUGUAGAAAUUAUUUAUGGGGUCAACAUUUUAGUUAUGGUUUGUAGAAAAUUUCCCUUAAAAUAAUUUCAGCUUAGGUUUUGAGGCAGCUGAAAGGUAAUGUGCGUGCUGAAUGCUAGUGAUAUGAUGAUAGAAACAGAGUAUCUGUUGAUGAACAGAGUAUAUGUUGAUGCAUCUGGGCUAUCUAUCUGUUCUUGAGCUUUGUAUGUGCUUCAUAGAUUUAUCUGCAUCAUGGGAAUAACUGAUCACGUCAACAGUUGACUUUGCUAGUGUUAGUUGACAGGCUGCUAGUGUUAGUUGACAAGCUGUUGUAACCCAUUUUUACAGGCUGCUUGUGUUAGUUGACAGGCUGCUUGUAUUAGUCGACAGGCUGUUGUAACCGGUUUUUUCAGGCUGCUUGUGUUGACAGACUGCUUGUGUUAGUUGACAGGCUGUUGUAAACCAUGUUUAUAGCUGUUAGUACUCGGACCUUUGUGUGAAUAGUUCAUUAUAGACUGAAAAGGGG